UCUACAAUAUUCGAGUUAUUUAUCCAUAUCCAUUGAAAAUCCUUCUAGUUCGAAUUUUACCAUAGCCGAAUAGGUUGAAUUCAGAAAGAUAUCCACGGUUGCUAUUUGGCGGGUUUGUGAUGCGAAGCAGAGGGUAUAUUCGCGACAUAAUUUGACGAGAACUAGCUGGGCAAUCGGCAUAUUCAGUCAGUUUGCGCAAAGAAACAAUUUCGAAGGCCGGAGUCUGACUGCUGCGAUCCCGUUAGUCCGACACGACUGCGCCAAGGAGAAGGGCCGAGAAUUUACCAUUGAUUUGGGGGGCAACGAACAGAAGUUUCAAGCAAUCAAAAGAAGAAAAUCGGAGAAACCUAAAUCAAAAUUCCUUCUUCGCUUUCUCUUUCUCUUCUUCCUAAGCAACCAAACGCCCUUCUUAUUCCUUCCUGCCUCGUGUGUCGCUCACUCUCUCAGCUGUAAAUAUCGAAGGGAAAUUGAGCGGAGAGAGGAAGGAAUUGGGAGGGAGGGGUUUCGGGUUUGGGGAAGGUUGGAAACGACCUAGAGGUGAGAUGGGGGAUGCCGGCGAUUCGGGGUCUUUGGAUCAGACCGUUGGGUCUUCUUCUUCGCACUCGUCCACCUUUUUCACUAAUUACCCGCUCAUCGCUGCAAUUGUCGCCUUCACAAUUGCGCAAGCUACCAAGUUCAUCACCUCCUGGUACAGUGAAAAAAGAUGGGAUUUGAAGCUGCUCAUUGGAUCUGGUGGGAUGCCAUCUUCCCAUUCUGCGACUGUUUCUGCUCUCGCCAUGGCCAUUGGGUUCCAGGAAGGGUUUGGAGGAUCACUUUUUGCCGCUGCAUUGAUCUUAGCUUGCGUUGUGAUGUAUGAUGCAACUGGUGUAAGACUACAAGCUGGACGCCAAGCCGAGGUCUUGAAUCAAAUUGUAUAUGAACUGCCAGCUGAACAUCCUUUGGCUGAGAGCAGACCUCUGCGCGAGCUUCUUGGUCAUACUCCUGCACAGGUAGUGGCUGGUUGUUUGCUUGGAGUUGUCACGGCAAUCAUUGGCCAUCUAAUCACAAUGACGACUAGUCAAAGCUGAUACACGUCCAGGAAGAUAUUAUUGUUUCCCCCUCAACACAUCAAAGAAGUUAAAGUUCAGCUCACAGGGGAUGGGGUGUUGUGAUGCUCAGUUUGCUCAACUGUCCCUGCUAGUGGGUUCUUGAAAGCAUACUUACCCUUCUGUUGAAUCUGUUGCGUUCUUUCAUUCUUGAUAGCGAUAUUCGAGACUUCGUAUAUGUGAUUAAUUGCAGUAUAUUACUGAAAGGGUUAUUGGAAAUCAUGAUAGUCAGUCAAAUGUACCAUAUGCUCGAACUGGCACAUAAUGCUUGCAUGUUUGACAUGAAAUUCACAGGAAUUUAGGGUUCGUGAUGGAGUUUCUUUGUGUUCAUUAUUAUCCAAUUGUUAUUGUUGAAAUAAGUUGCUAUGACCCAUGUUGAUGGCUGCUGUUUAGGAUCUUUGAGACAGAAAGAAAAGGAAUGGGACUCGGACCUCCUCCUCUCUCUUUUCUUUUGUUUCGAUAGCUGGGAGCUCUGUCCUGUGUCCUCACAUAGUCACAUGGUAGAUUGGACAGAGGUUCACGUGGUAGGGCUAAAUGUCCUAUAGCGUUUGUUUUCGAUCCCAUGUUCUUGAAUGAUGUAUUUAAAGACGACUUUUUUAGUUUAUUGAAUUUGUAAGAAAUAUAUAUAUAUAUUUAUAAUGGUGAUAUAUGUUUAUCUUUUUUUUGGGAUUAGGGGUACUAUUACUAAAGGGAUUUGAAUUUGGGAGUAAGAAUCAUUAUUACUGGAAAAAGGUUGGACUCGAGAAAUAAACAAAUUGUAGAAAGUGAAGUAUUGGUGUUCGAAAGUUGGAGUCGGGUUAUGGAUUUGAUUAUUUAAUUUGCAAACUGUAAGCAAACUAGUAUAAAAUUGGAUUUGAUUAACAAAAUGUAAGCAAAAUGGUAUAAAAUUGGAGGUUUGUUAUAUCUCGUUCUAAAUUGUGAGUAUUCGAAUUGGCACCUCAAAAUUUGUCGAAUUCAUGGAAUUUACAAAAUUAAGACCUAAAACAUUA